AUGAAGGCCCUCGCUUUUCUUCUGAGCUUUGCAGCUUCGGUUGCUGCUCAUGGAUAUGUCGAUAACGGAACUAUAGGGGGAGCUUACUAUCAGUUCUACCAACCUUAUCAGGACCCAUACUAUUCUACUCCGCCUCAAAGGAUCUCUCGUGCUAUCCAGGGCAAUGGCCCUGUGACCGACGUCACUCUCAUCGACCUCCAAUGCGGCGGAUACACAGAGGGUGGCGUGUCCGGCAGCCAGCCUGCCGCCCUUCACGCCACAGCUGCGGCAGGCUCGACCUCGACGCUCUACUGGACACUAUGGCCAGACUCGCACGUAGGACCCGUGGUCACAUAUAUGGCCCGUUGCCCAGACACUGGCUGCCAGAGCUGGCUGCCCGGAUCCAGUGCUGUCUGGUUCAAGAUCGCUGAAGGAGGCCGCACCGGAACAACAAACACAUGGGCUGAUUCUUCCUUGAUGGUCGCUGGCAAUGCUGGAGUCAAGUACACCAUCCCAUCGUGCCUCAAAGCAGGCUACUACCUUGUGCGCCACGAGAUCAUCGCUCUGCAUUCGGCGUAUGCGUACCCUGGUGCACAAUUCUACCCCGGAUGUCAUCAGCUCCAGGUCACUGGCGGUGGCUCGACUACUCCGAGCAGCCUCGUUGCAUUUCCCGGUGCCUACAAGGGCACUGAUGCGGGCAUCACAUAUGACGCAUACAAAGCUCAAACUUACACCGUUCCUGGCCCUGCCGUGUUCACCUGUUAG